AUGAGUGUGUUGGAAAAUUACUGUCCUCACACAGUGACUGUGGGCCUGGGGCAGCACAGGAGCAGUAUAAAAGCAGCUCCAUCUCCUCACUGUCUCAUCCACUCCUCUCCUCCACACAGUCUCCUUGGGAACAAGGUGCAUCUGCAGCCCCAAGCCAUGUCCUGCUACAGCCCGUGCCGGCCCUGCCAGCCCUGUGGCCCCACCCCGCUGGCCAACAGCUGCAAUGAGCCCUGUGUCAGGCAGUGCCAGGACUCCCACGUAGCCAUCCAGCCCUCCCCUGUGGUGGUGACCCUGCCUGGCCCCAUCCUCAGCUCCUUCCCACAGAACACCGCCGUGGGAUCCUCCACCUCUGCUGCUGUUGGCAGCAUCCUCAGCUCUCAGGGAGUGCCCAUCAACUCUGGGGGCUUUGGCCUCUCUGGCCUGGGCAGUGGCCUCUGUGGCAGGAGGUGCUUCCCCUGCUAAAGCUGCUGGCCAUGAUUUCAGGAUGGAACCGAAGGACUCAGCAGGAUGGCUCUUCACUGGGGAUGGAGCAUCAGCUUGUUGCUUCCUGAGGAGCUGAGCAAGCCCAGCAGCCCUUGCAGAAGGACUCUUGGGAAGCACAGCCCAUCCCUGCCUCUGCCCUCUUCCCCUCUGUUGUUUCCCUCCUGUGUCCUUGUUCCCUUGUGCUCCCUGGGGCUGUGAGCCCCAAACAUCCAGCCAGGGGAGGG